CCCCAUUGUGGCCGCUCCUCCAUGACUCAGAGCUUGGCCGCGGGUGGGGCCCAGCCCCAGCCCCUCCCGUGGCCCCGCCCGGCCCGGCCCCAUUUAAGGCUGCUCCUGGGGUCCUGGCUCUGUCCCUGCUGGCUCAGCCAUGGCCUGGCCCCGAUCCCGGCUCCGGUCCCGGCUGCUGCCGGCCCUUGGUGUCCUCCUGCUCUGCCUCCGGCUUGAGGGCGCCUCCGCCCGCUGUGAGUCCGGAUCCCACCUGGAGCCGCUGAUGGCCGGGGUGGAUCCCUGCAAGGAUCCCAUGGGAUUCCUGAGCCCCCAGCUGGGGGGGUCCCGUGGGGGCGGAGCCGGAUCCUAUGGGAGUGAUUCGGGAUCCUAUGGAGGCGGAUCCGGAUCCUAUGGAGGCGGAUCUGGAGCAUCCCAAGGAGGUGGAUCAGGAUCCUAUGGAGGCGGAUCUGGAGUAUCCCAAGGAGGUGGAUCCGGAUCCUAUGGAGGCGGAUCUGGAGUAUCCCAAGGAGGUGGAUCAGGAUCCUAUGGAGGCGGAUCUGGAGUAUCCCAAGGAGGUGGAUCCGGAUCCUAUGGAGGCGGAUCAGGAUCCUAUGGAGGCGGAUCUGGAGCAUCCCAAGGAGGCGGAAGCUCGUCAGGAUCCUCUGGGAAAAAGCCAGGAUCCCAUGGGAGCAGACCGGGAUCCUAUGGACUUGGGUCCUCUGGGAGUGGGUUGGGAUUGGAUAGACCCAGCUCCUAUGGGGGAUCCAGUGGGGGAUCCUAUGGGAUGGGGUCAGGAUCGGGCAGACCUGGAUCCCAAGGAGGCAGCGGAUCGGGAUCCUAUGGGGGUGGAUCAGGAUCCUAUGGGGGAGGAUCAGGAUCCUAUGGGGGUGGAUCAGGAUCCUAUGGGGGUGGAUCAGGAUCCUAUGGAGGAUCACAAGGAGGAUCCAGUUCAGGCUCAGGCAGACCUGGAUCCCAAGGGGGAAGUGGAUCCGGAUCAGGAUCCCAUGGGGGUGGAUCGGGAUCCCAUGGAGGAGGAUCAGGAUCCUAUGGGGGUGGAUCAGGAUCCUAUGGGGGUUCGCAAGGAGGAUCCAGUUCAGGCUCAGGCAGACCUGGAUCCCAAGGGGGAAGUGGAUCCGGAUCGGGAUCCUAUGGAGGAGGAUCAGGAUCCUAUGGAGGAGGAUCAGGAUCCCAUGGAGGAGGAUCAGGAUCCUAUGGGGGUGGAUCGGGAUCCUAUGGGGGAGGAUCGGGAUCCUAUGGGGGUGGAUCAGGAUCCCAUGGAGGAGGAUCAGGAUCCCAUGGAGGUUCACAAGGAGGAUCCAGUUCAGGCUCAGGCAGACCUGGAUCCCAAGGAAGCAGCGGAUCAGGAUCCUAUGGGAGUGGAUCCAGCUCCUAUGGGGGGGGAUCAAGCUCCUAUGGGGACAGCUCAGGAUCCUAUGGGCUCCCGGAGUCCUAUGGGGGCUCAUCCCAAGGGGGUGGAUCCAGCUCCUAUGGGGAUGGAUCCGGAUCCAGCUCCUAUGGGGGGGGAUCCGGAUCCGGAUCCGGCUCCUAUGGGGAUGGAUCUGGCUCCUAUGGAGGAUCCAGUUCCUAUGGGGAUGGAUCCAGCUCCUAUGGGGGAGGAUCGGGAUCGGGUUCCUAUGGGGGUGGAUCGAGCUCCGGCUCCUAUGGGGGUGGCACCGGCUCCUAUGGGGGUGGCUCCGGCUCCCUCGGGGGCAGCCGCCGUCCCGGGUACAAGAACCCGGGGAUCCCGUUCAUCCCGGGGCUCCACGAUCCCGCCCGCACCGGGGGCUACAUCCCGGUGCGCAGGGAGCGGCCGUCGGGAUCCGGUGGCUCCGGCUCCAGGUCCGGGUCCGGGCAGGGAUCCGGUGGCUCCGGGUCCGGCUCCAGGUCCGGGUCCGGGCAGGGAUCCGGUGGCUCCGGGUCCGGGUCCGGGCAGGGAUCCGGUGGCUCCGGGUCCGGCUGCGGGGACUGCGCCGCUUAGGGGGCAGGCGGAGCCCGAAUCCCGACCCAUGGAUCCCAAUAAACGUGUUCCUAUGGCAGCA